AUGAUAACACCACAAGAGAAUUUCAAAGGUAAGAAAGACUCUUUAAAACGACCGAGCGAUACUGAAGUUAGUCCAGCUCCUGAUAGCAGUCCCUCCAAAAGGUCAAAACCAGCAUCCAAGGUGGACCCAAUCAGUUCCACCACAUGGCCACCAGUCGUUGAUAUUGUUGAGAAUAACUGGAAGUUCACGUUUGAUGAACUACGAGACCGAAGUCCCAGCAGAGUAAAGCAGGUUCCAUAUCAUGUUGAGCUUGAGAGAAGGUGGAAGGGCGUGAACUUCAUCAAUCAAUUGGCUCGUGCCCUCAACUUGUCCCGAUCAGUUGCAAUCACAGGAUCAACCUUAUUUCACCGAUUUUACAUGAGAAGAGAUUUUAACAUGCAUCACCAAUACCCUGUGGCUGCCGCUUGUCUAUUUAUUGCGACAAAAACUGAAGAAGCCCGCAGGCCUCUAAAAAACGUAGUCAUAGAAGCUGUCAAGAUCAGUUCCAAAGAUCCUCAGAAGCAAGUGGAUGAACAGACAAAGGAUUUUUGGCAAUGGAGGGAUACGAUAAUACGAAAUGAAGAAAUAGUGUUACUAUACUUGUGCUUUGAUGUUUCUCCAGAGUCUCCAUACCGAAAGUCCCAACAAGCAGUACGAGAAGCAGAGUUUCCCAAACAACUGAAUGCUGGUAUUCCACUGAAGGUUUCUCCAGAGCUCAUAUUCAGAGAAUCAUGUUCUUUCUACGAAGAGUGUUGCAAACUAGCCUUAUUAGUUUUGUUUGGAGCCAAUGUUGUAGCUGGUGUUGGACUAGUACAUGCCUGUAUUCAAGAGGAUGCCAGGUUUUCACCCCAGUUUCUUCAGAAAAGCCUGAAUACGUCAAUCAAUGAUUGUUGGAGGUGUUACAAAGUAUUCGUAGAAAUGAUGAGGAUCCUCAAAGAUCGAAUUCCUCCCUCUGUCAAGGAAAGAUAUGGUCAGUAUCCAAAAGAUCGUUUUUUCAGAGUUGCUGGUGAGGACAUACCACAGGAGAAAAAUAAAACAAUUCCUGUUGACAAAAGUGCUGGAGCCGUGGAAUUAGAUGCUAUUUCAACUAAGACUGCACCACAAGAAUUAAAUGAAGAAGUUAAGAAUAAUGAUGGUGAUGACAUUUCCAAAAAUACCAAUGGAACUACCAAGGAAAAUCCCAAAGGCAAUGACUUUGACGACUACCCGAAUUCAACCAAAGAAACAGUGAAAGAAUUUAGUGAUUCUGAAACAAAUGCUACAACGCCUGCACCCAAUGGUACGUAG